UUACAUAACUGACAAAUGUUACAUAAGAGCUGCCUAAUCUCUUGGGAGAACUUUGUACUUCACUUGCACUUCAACAGAGACCCAAAGAAUGGGAUUGUCGACUCCAUCCCUAGUUUAUGUUCACUUUCUGGUGGCCAUGAUACUAUUGAACGUAGCAGGUAAUUCUCUGGUCUGCCUUCUGGUAUUGAAGAAUAAAGCAACGAAAACCAUCAUCAACUGGCUUCUCUUCCAUUUGGCCAUAGCUGAUUUGCUGGUCGCUGUCUUCUUCAUUCCUCCCUGUGUUGUCAGUCACUUCGUUCAGCUGCCGAACGGCUUCUUAGGGGACCUGCUUUGCAAGUUUGUUUUCAGCGGUAACUUAGGUUGGGUGGCGGCAGCAGCCUCGAGCUUCCUGCUUGUGGUGAUAGCGUUCGACCGUUACAGAGCUACCUUACAUCCACUCAAAACGCUUCGGAGUCGACGGUUAACAAGGAUAGUGCCAGUAGUGUGGGUUCUUGCUGCUCUGUUGUUGUUACCCAGCAUCAUUGUGUCAGCCUACGAUGAAGAACGUCAAGGGUGUGUGCAGAGGUAUCCCAGUUACGCCCUAGCUCGAGCGAACAAGAUCUUCUGGUCAACCGUAAAUUGCGUGCUGCCAAUUUGCAUGAUGGGAUACCUAUACAUACGGAUCGCUUUGCGCCUGCGUCAUCGUGAACUUCUGCUGGAUUCAUCCAUCGGGGCCGUACAACAGUCCCGAAAAAGGGUAACCAAAAUGCUACUCUCAGUGUCCCUUAUCUUCACCUUGUGCUGGACGCCUCCUGCAGCACUUUGUCUCUUGGUUAAAUUUGUUCCUGAUGCGUAUACAACAGUUUACUUUGUGUCUAAUGUAUGCGCUCUUCUUAACUCCUGCAUCAACCCUCUUGUAUAUACCCUGCACAGUCAACAGUUUAGGAAGAAUCUCGCCUCACUGAUGCCCUGCUAUAACAGAAAGAAAAUUUCACUUUCGCACUGAUCACCGAGGACAUGAAAUCUUGGGACUAAUUAAAAAUGAAUUAUGUAGUUAAAAGGUCUUGAUAUGGCGCAGUUCACUUCAUUUCCAGUGGUAACACAACUUUUCAGCGGAACUGAGAUUCCGUAUUGUUUAAAUUCACUACGUACUUUUGUUUAAAAUUCUACUAGUAUUCUAAGGCAAAUACUGCGCCCUGGCUGGCUCACUAGCUAUCAAGGAAAUUCGGUAUUAUCAAAUGAGUUGAUAACCUAAAUUGGUUUCUCCUAACGGUGGCCAAUUAACUUUAUCAAUUCAGUCGACAAUACCAACUUACCUUGCUAUACUCUCCCACCGAGGCAGCACCACAGUUUCAUUAGAAACUUCCCCCCCUCUUAUUCAUUAGCGAUCAGCUAUUGAUAAAAAUCCUUAAGGGGUCCAUCACAAGUGCUGCAAUCUGAUUGGCUACUUUACGCGCUCUUCAUUCCGUGAUUGGUUGUGAGUGAAAUAAAUGGUCUCAUGUUGAGUGAUUGUAAAACAAAACAAAACAAAAACACGUGCCUAUCUUGUUUUGAACGACCAAUAGAUAUGUUUUGAUUUCUAUGCGUGAUAGUUGACUUGUGAUUUCUUUCUGCGUUCGAUUAAUCCCUCAAAUUUCGCUUUUGUUGGGGGCAAAAAGCAGCAGAUGUUAAAAAUGGCAUGUUGACAAUGAAGCUACAUAUAUAUCGUAGUUAAAUACGUCCCACGGCAGAGGCCGUAUUAUGACAAUUACGUCAAAGUAUAUUGUCUCUGAAAAA